CGCCUCCUCCUGUUAUUUACUCGCCGAGCCGCCCCGCUUUCCGUUUCGGGGCCGGGUUGCGCUUGUUUCGGGUGAGCUUCGGAGGUCGCUGGCGGGAGGCGGCCAUGAAGAAGUUUUUCCAGGAGAUUAAAGCGGAUUUGAAGUUCAAGACGGCCGGGCCGGGCCAGAAACUCACCGAGUCGCCUAGGGAAAAACCCACCAAAGAGAAACCCAAACCGGACGCCGCCAAAUGUCGCCAAGGGCCCACCAACGAAGCUCAGAUGGCCGCCGCCGCCGCUUUGGCCCGCUUGGAACAGAAGCCCAAACCCCGCCCUCCCUCGUCGCAAGACGCCAUCCGGAAUCAGGUGAAAAAGGAGCUGAUGGCUGAGGCGGCUGCAAGCGAUAAGGGGCUACCUGUGGACCAGAAGAAUUCCUUGCCUGAUGUCGAAGAAGACCCUUCCACCCUGUCCGUCUCAGGCGUCUACUUCACUUGCCCGUUGACCGGUGUCACCGUCCGAAAAGACAAAAGAGAGGCGCAGAUCAGAAACGCCAUCCUUGAGCACGCUGCCAGAGAUCCCGUGGCCUCCUCCGUCAUGCAGAUCCAUACGUUCAACAGGGACCGGGAGAAGGUCAAACUCGGCGUGGAGACCAUCGUAAAGUAUCUGGACAAUAUCCAUCUCCAUCCGGAAGAGGAGAAAUACCGGAAAAUUAAGGUGCAGAACAAAGUUUUCCAGGAAAGGAUCCACUGCCUGGAAGGAACAGACCAGUUUUUCCAGGCGGUCGGGUUCGAAAAGGUGGCUCUGGACGUUGCCGGACAAGAAGAAGCCACGGAGGACUUCUACGUGUUGAAGGACGAAGCCUUGGAGAAGCUGGACCAGCUGAAAGAGCACAAGGAGAAGCUGAUGAACGGGGAGCCGGUGAGGGCCAAGCUGGAUCGCCAGCUCCAGAUUUUCAAGCCUUCUGCACAAGCGUCUCACUUCGAGCUGCCCAGUGACUUCUUCAACCUCACCGCGGAGGAGCUGAGGCGGGAGCAGAGGAUACGGACAGACGCCGUUGAGAAGGCCUCCAUGCUGAGGACGAAAGCCAUGCGGGAGAAGGAGGAGCAGCGGGAGCUGAGACGAUACAACUACACCCUCCUGCGGAUUCGCUUCCCCGACGGGUACAUCCUACAAGGGACCUUCUAUGCCCGAGAGCCCGUUUCAGCCGUGUUCCACUUUGUGCGGGAGACUCUGCAGAAUGACUGGCUGCCGUUUGAGCUGCUCGCCCCCGGGGGCCACAGACUGACCGACGAGAACUUGGCGCUCAACGAGAGUGGGCUGGUGCCCUCGGCGCUUCUGACCUUCGUCUGGGACGCGGAGGUCAUGGAGGACAUCAAGGCCUCCAGGGGGGAGCACAUGGGAAGCGUGCUGAAGCCCGACCUCCUCCUCACGGUGCAGAUGCUCUCCUGAAAAUAAAAGGCGCCAUGGGGUUGGAUCCGGUUCCGUCCUGUGUGGUCCCCGACUCUUCCGAAGCCGGCUUCUCUGGCCCUCUAGAGCCGCAGAUGUGACUUUCCUGGCUGGCAUCGGACGGCUGGCGAGCGAGGGCAGCUCCCAGCAGAACCGCCAUUCCAGCUUCCCGGGGCUUGGCCCAUGGAACUCUCCAAUGGGGGAGGGUAUUUUUCCAGCGUCACCUCGUCACACUUUUGUGUGUGUGUGUGUGUGUGUCUGUUGGAAGUUUCAUCGGUCCCCCUUUUUACUGAUCUUUUUCUCACUUUGAAGCACCUUCGGGGUGGAAAAAGGUCGGCGUAGCCGGGCUGAGCAAACGGGAGAAUGGUCCGCCCCAAAGAUUCACCCCACCCCAGUUACGCUGCCAGGGCCGCUGGCUGGUGUUUCUGGCUGAUGGUUGCGUCGCCGAUACAAAGCCCACAGGAGGGCCCGAAUCACAUUGAAUUUAUUAUUAUUUUAGGUCGUAGAUAAGCUGUCAGCUUUAUGGGGAGGAGGAGGAGCGUACACUACUCUAGCCAACAAGAGCUUGUUGCUGCCGCUGCUCUUCAGUUAUAGGUUGUGGGAAAGAGUUCUGAAGAAUCCAAUCCCGUGGUUUAUUUUUUUUUCCCGCAGCAUGUUUACAGGAGGCCGUUUCGGGGAAGGAAUUGUAAGAAAUGCACCUUUAUAAAAAUGCUGAUGUUUGGUUUUUUUGGGGGGUGGGGUGGGAGUGUCUCUCAGAUGUGGGAGCAGAUCCCUUGGGGAUAGUACGGCUGUCUUGAGUCUCCGUCUGCCCUGUUUUUGUGGACUUGAUAGUUUCUGUCCGCUUCCUCCGAUUGUUCUUGGUGGAGGAAUAAGGACCGCUGCUUUAGAGCUUUCUCGGAUGGUGCUGGGGAGGGCAGGACGAGUAGAUGAAAAUGUGGAGCCACGCAGCCCCCACUGCCUCACCCCCAUUGUAGCAGUCUGGGGUGAACGGUUUCCGGUUUUGUCCAUGGGCUCAAAUAAAGACGAAAAAGUCCUUUUCUUUCCCUGCUGCCCCCACCCCCGCAAAAAAAUAUCCAUUUUUUUUUUUCCAAGAAGGCUCUGGAUUUAAUUGAUGUAUCUUUUUUCCCCAAACAGAUUCAUAACCAAAGUGUGAGGCAUAAAAACUGUACAAU